GAGCCGUCGGAACAUGGAGGUCUUAUAGACGUAUUCUAUAGAUAGGCAUAGUCGCACCUGUUCGUUGCUACUGCCGAUGAUCCUUUCCUUUCACCUCGAUCAUUCUUUAAUGAGGCCUAAGUGAACGAUCGUACACGAUGCGAAUCUCUCAGUUCAUUCUGUCGGCGGUGACCUUUGCUGCCGUGGGACAGUGCCAGUAUCCAAACCCAGGAGCGUGCACCGGAGUGUGCGGAAAUUCCCACGAUCCAGCCAUCAUUCGGCGUGAUGACGGAAUGUACUUCCGCUUCUCGACAAAUGGAAAGGUGGCGAUCCAUACCGCACCAGCGUUGACGGGCCCGUGGGUGUAUAAAGGCUCUGUUGUCAAAGACCGGUCGAAGAUCAACCAAGCUGGCAAUACGGACCUCUGGGCUCCCGAUGUGACUAAGAUCGGGGACACCUAUUAUCUUUACUAUGCAGUAAGCCAGUUUGGAUCUCAGAACUCGGCGCUCGGUCUCGCCACGUCCAAGACGAUGGAUGUCGGCAGCUGGCAGGAUCGAGGCGCCAUCGGAGUCUCGUCUAAGGCUGGCAAGGACUACAAUGCCAUCGAUGCCAACCUGUUCCGCGGCGGAAACAAGUGGUACAUGAACUUCGGGUCAUUCUGGGGGGACAUUUUCCAGGUCGGGAUGCAGGAUCCUCCGGUUAAGACCGACGGAUCGGCAUCGCGCCAGAUCGUUUUCCAGCCGGCGGGUGAGCAUGCCAUCGAAGGCGUUUUCGUGUUCCCAUUCAAUAAUCAGUAUUACGCGUUCUUCUCGGCCGGAAAAUGCUGCGGUCUGGAUAAGAACCGACCACCGUCAGGCCAAGAAUACCGCAUCCUGGUUUGCAGAUCGAGCUCGCCUACAGGUCCAUAUGUCGAUAAAAGCGGCAAAUCAUGCGUGCAAGGUGGCGGCACCGUUGUUUAUCCCUCCCACGGAGACAUCUACGCUCCUGGAGGCCAGGGAGUCUACAACGACCCCCAACAAGGUCCAGUCCUUUAUUACCACUAUAUCAACAAGAAACGUGGAUACGCAGAUGGCGACAAGUUGUUCGGCUGGAACAAGUUGGACUUCUCUGGCGGAUGGCCACGAGCUCUCUGAUGUAUUAUUGUUUAAGUACAGUUUGUCGAGCGAGGCUUAGCUAGACCGGGUAUCCUAAAUGCCACUAUGUAGAGCCUGAACCAGAUGCUCUCAUCCAAAAAUGCAGUCAUCGCUCAUCGAACUGUAGGAAAUCGUUUCAAACAACAUACAAAGUGAGAUAGAUAUCCUCCAAAGAGC